AGGGCAACCAUGACGAUGUAUGAUAUGAAAGAGUUGCCUCAUCUGGUAAAACCAGCUACUUUAAUACUCGUUAUACUUCAAACAAUAUUUGUAUUUUCUCCUGGAUAUCGAGGGUUUCAAUGGUUUGUCAUUAUGACUACUAUAGUUCAGUUGAUAAUUUGCGUAUUAGUUUUCUUGGCUAUGCUUGCCGAUAUCACGGCACUGACGGAAGCGCCAAUGUGGCCAAUGGCGGAGAUGGUCUACAGUGGUGUAUUCGCAGUUUUUGAAGCCAUAAACUUCUUCUAUUUCCUUGUAAAUAUGUUUGGUCACUUCAACUUUUGGCUGCUACUUGGAGUGUUUGCAUCUGCUCUUUUAUGCUUGGUGUGGCUAUUCAACGCCUUCCAAUGGUGGCGUGCUCGUAAUCCAACAAUGUCUGGAAAUCAAGCCACUGCUGCACCUCCACCCAAUUUUGCGCCAUCGUAUCCUGCCGGUGUCAAUCCAGCAUAGAGGAGAGGUCGACUAUCGAUUUCGAUCCGCACAAUUGCUCCACCUGUGAUAGGCCAAACCAAUGCCUACCGUAUCUUCUCGUACACAAUUUCAAAGUUUUAUAUGUAUAUUGAUAAUGUUUUAUUGGUUUUUCAUGCUUUCUUGAAAAAUGAAUAAUGAUGAGAUAAAUUGCACGAUAAGGAAA